AACGAUUAUGUCAAAGAACGGCUGCACUGUAGGAGAGCAACACCACAUUCAAUGUUGGAUCAUGUAGCUACAGUAGCGUGUCCUCAGUACAAAAGUAGUGACCUAGAUUUCCCUCUUGUGAUGUGGUUAGGUUUCUACGAGUGGCUGUGUAGAAAUCUUCCCAUUCUUGAGGUCCAAAACAGACAACAAAUCCUGGAGCUAACUCGCGGUUUACGGGGGCGUUCAGCCUAAAGCAACAAUUUCUGCAAGGAAUUUGUUCUGAGUUUAAAUUCACGCUAAAACUACCAAAAUGGAGAUUCGCGAAGGGGCAGCUGCAGCAGUAGGCGACAACGUGCUGGACUACUCCCGUUUGAGCCUGGACACUUUCUCCGUCGACAGUGUUAGCGACGAGAGGAAGAAGGACACAAAACAGCUCUACCUGAACUACAAUCGGUUAGCCUCGCUGCCCUCGUCGGUCAGCCUUUUCUGCAACCUCGAGUUUUUGGACAUCAGCAACAACGGGCUGUCGGCCAUCUGUGAGGGGAUAACACGGCUGCCCAGGCUGAGGCAGCUGAUAGCCAAGAACAACCGACUGGACGAGUUCUCGCUGCCCAAAGAGUUCGGCUCUCUGCAGCUGGAAGUGUUGAACUUUAGUGGGAAUAGAUUCGAGGAGAUACCACUUCAGUGUAUGAAGCUGGUCCGUCUGCAGUCGCUUUCCCUCGGCGGAAACAGACUGAAAAGCAUACCUUCAGAGAUAGAAAAUCUAACCAGUCUGGAGCUGUUAUAUCUGGGUGGAAACUUCAUCACAGCCAUUCCUCCAGAAGUGGCUAACCUGCCCUACCUCAGCUACCUGGUCCUGUGUGACAACCGCAUCCAAAGUGUCCCCCCGCAGCUCACCAGGCUCUACUCAUUGCGAUCUUUAAGUCUCCACAACAACUUGCUCACCUACCUGCCGAGGGAGAUCCUCUCCCUUGUGCAUCUGCAAGAGCUCAGUCUCCGUGGCAACCCACUGGUCGUGCGCUUUGUCAAGGAGAUGACCUACGACCCUCCGUCGCUGCUAGAGUUGGCAGCGCGCUCCGCCAAGAGCCGGAAUGUUCCCUACUCGCCCUGCGACCUGCCCUCCAACCUGCUCGGCUACCUGGACCUGGCCAGCAAGUGCCCCAACCCCAAGUGUGCCGGCGUCUACUUUGAUUCAUGUGUGCGCCAGAUCAAGUUUGUGGACUUCUGUGGAAAGUACCGGCUGCCCCUCAUGCACUACCUGUGCUCCCCAGAGUGCACGUCUCCCUGCAGCUCCAACCCCCAGAGCGACGCCGAGUCAGAGGACGAGAGCAGCGUGCCCGCCUACCGCCUGCAGAGGGUGCUUCUGGGAUAGCACGACGUUAUGGAGCAGCCUCUGAGCCUGUCAGUCCUGUCACUGUUAACCACUUAUACAGAGAUGAACCUGGCUGUCAGACUUUACUCCACAUAAACUCAGACACACUGACACACAGUAAUGCUACUUUACUGUGUGGAACAACUCCCUCCUACGGACCUGGAAACGUAUUGACUUCAUUUUAUUGGAUAUAAAGAAUCUGUUCUCUCACCACAUAUUACACUACGUAAAACAAGUGAAGAAGAGCUUAUUGUUCCAAGUAGCCUUGCAAGCCCACAAUCUGUCAAAGUGCUGGUCUCAUGGUGGAGCAUACGAUGGCAGUGAAACUGUGAAAGUGAGUGAAGGAGCGACAGGGCUCUUUUUGUUUUCAAUGCAGCAAACAUUAUCUUUUGACACAUGGUGCUUUUUAGUAGCCAAAGUACAUGCAUUUUCUGAAAGUUUGGAUAUGAACAAUUGUAUGUAUUUUGUCUUGCUACUAGUGACACACUGUAGCUGCUUUGCCCGAACAAAAUGAAAAGAUCAAGGUUUAUCUGUUAGUCUGCACCCUGGUCAACUCACAACAGCCUUGAUCAUUGGUUUGCUAUCAUGGCAUAGUAAAUGAAUCAAGAUUAUGGGUUGUGUGAGAUUGCUGAAGAAAACUUGUCCAGGCCGGUGAAAACCAUCACUGUGUAACAAAAGCUAUUGAUUGUGACACAGUAGCCUUCAUGUUUGUGUUCAGGUCAGUUUUCUCUUGACAUAAGAAUAUAAAUGUGUGUAAACGGAGCCAACACUGCAGAUCUUUUUUUCUGAGUCGUUUUGAGACAGAAACCAUCAUUUUAAACAGGAAAUGGCUGUUCCUGUUUACAUCUCUGCUUCAUCUUCAUUUGUGUAUGCUGGGAGAUAUCAGACAGGUUGUGUUUUAAGCGAGGAGUGAGGAGCCCUUGGCUUCACAUUAGACCUUUUUUAAUGUUUAGAAAACAAGAAAGCUCCUCUAUGUUACAGUAACACCUAUACUAGAGUAUACAAGUGCCUUACUAAUGGUGAGUUCUAACACAGUAAAACAGAGUGAGAAGAAAUGUGAUAUAUGCACCCUGAAAUGUGACAAAAUUAACAUUAUGAAUUAAAGUUGUUUUUAGUGAUUUUGUACUUAUUAUCUUAACAGCAGCAAAGAGAACAAAUACCCUUUCAUAGCUAAAUUAAAUGUUUUUAUAGAAAUUAUUUUUCAAAUAUUAAACAAACUGUUUUUAUUUUAAAGUCUGCAGAAUAGAUGACACUUGAACAGAAAAUAUAUAGAGAUAUAUUAAUUGUAUUUACUUGUACCCCAUUCAGAUAAUGUAAGUAGAUUGUACAGAAUAUAAUCACAAUAAUAAAGACUGAUUUGUUA